UGUCCCAUGAUGUUUGAGCUCCUCCUCCACAGGUAACAUCAGGUGAAAGUUAAACUAUUAGAGCAGAAGACAUUUUAAGAAGAAAAGGAGAGAAAAUACUGUAGAUACACUUGUCGGGACACUGUGUUCACAAUGAAUAUCUCCAGGAAAAUAAAAAGUUUGACUCGUGGAGAAUCUCCUAAACCCAGCUGUGUGUCUAUGAAGAGUGAUGACUCAAUGGAUUUUCUACUUAACUUCAGUUCAGGAGACUGUGAUGAUACAGAUGUGAGUAACACAACAGAUGGAUCAAAGUCCUUUAAGGGGAAGCUGUUGGAUGCUGUUUUUCAGCAGGUUGAGCACAAGCUCGUCUCUCUGAUGAAGAAAGAGCUGAAGAUCUUCAAGAGUCUACUGGGUCCAGAUUACCCACCAUGCUCUGAGAGAGAAGAGGAGGAUGAUGAAGAUCAGAUCAGAGUCAGAGAGAUGUUUCUGAAGAUCACACUGAACGUCCUGAAGAAGAUGAAGCAGACAGACCUCGCUAACAAACUACAGACCAUAUUUGCCCCGCAAUACACGAAGAAACAUAAAUCGAGACUAAAAGAGCAAUUCCAGAGAAUGAAUGAAGGAAUCUCAGCUCAAGGAAGCUCAACACUUGUGAAUGAGAUCUACACAGAGCUGUACAUCACAGAGGGAGGGAGUGAAGACAUCAAUAAUGAACAUGAGGUGAGACAGAUUGAGACAGCAUCCAGAAGAUCAGAGACACAAGAGACACAAAUCAAAUGUAAUGACAUCUUUAAAGUCUCACCUGAACAAAACAAACCCAUCAGAAGUGUGCUGACUAAAGGAGUCGCUGGAAUUGGAAAAACAGUCUCUGUGCAGAAGUUCAUUCUGGACUGGACUGAAGAAAAAGCAAAUCAAGAUCUUCACUUCAUAUUUCCACUUCCUUUCAGAGAACUGAAUCUGAUCAAACAGAAAAAUAUCAGUCUGAUGGAUCUUCUUCAUCAGUUCUUCACAGAUACAAAAGAACUGAGAUCAACAGACUUUGAUGAUUAUAAAGUUGUGUUUAUCUUUGAUGGUCUGGAUGAGUGUCGUCUUCCUCUUGAUUUCUCAAAGAAUCCGAGUUUGUUUGAUCUCAGAGAAUCAGCGUCAGUGGAUGUGCUGCUGACAAACCUCAUCAAGGGGAAUCUGCUUCCUUCUGCUCUGAUCUGGAUCACCUCUCGACCAGCAGCAGCCAAUCAGAUUCCGCCUGAGUGUGUUGAUCUGAUCACAGAUGUACGAGGAUUCAAUGACCCUCAGAAGGACGAGUAUUUCAGGAAGAGAAUCAAUGAUGAGAGUCUGGCCAACAGAAUCAUCACACACAUGAAAUCAUCCAGAAGUCUGUACAUCAUGUGUCACAUCCCAGUCUUCUGCUGGAUUUCAGCCACUGUUCUCCAGAGAAUGUUGAGUGAAGCAGAGAGUCAAGCACAGAUCCCCAAGACUCUCACUCAAAUGUUCACACACUUCCUGAUGUUUCAGAUCAAACUGAAGAGUCAGAAGUUUGAUGGGAAAUGUGAGGUAGAUCUUCAGCAGGCUAGAAAGAGUCUUGAGUCACUGGGAAAACUGGCUUUUCAACAGCUGGAGAAAGGGAACCUGAUCUUCUAUGAGGAGGAUCUGAGAGAGUGUGACAUUGAUGUCAGAGAAGCGUCAGUGUACUCAGGAGUUUGUACUCAGAUCUUCAGAGAGGAGUUUGGACUGAACCUGGGGAAGGUGUUCAGCUUUGUGCAUCUGAGCGUUCAGGAGUUUCUUGCUGCUUUAUUUGUGUUUCUGUCAUUUCUUCAGCACACAUCAGGACCCAUCAGGAGAUUGAGAUCAAAUAUGAGUGAUUUACUGAAGAGUGAAGUGGACAAGGCCUUACAGAGUGAGAACGGACACCUGGAUCUUUAUCUCAGAUUUCUUCUGGGUCUUUCACUGGAGUCCAGUCAGACAAUCUUACGAGAUCUGACGACACAGACAGGAAGAAGCUCUGACAGUAAACAGGAAAUAGUCGAGUACAUUAAGAUGAAGAUCAGAGAGAAUCUCUCUCCAGAGAAAUCCAUCAAUCUGUUUCACUGUCUGAGUGAACUCAAUGAUCAUUCUCUAGUGCAGGAAGUACAAACAUAUGUGAACAGAGGAGAUAAGUCUAGUCUUACUGGAGUCCGUCUCUCUCCUGCUCAGUGGUCGGCUCUGGUGUUUGUGUUACUGAACUCAGAAGAGAAGCUGGAUGAGUUUAAUCUGAGGAAAUAUGAUCGAUCAGAUGAAUGUCUUCUGAGGCUUCUGCCAGUGAUCAAAGCAUCCAGAACAGCUGAUCUGAGUGACUGUAAUCUGACAGAGGAAAGUUGUUCAUCACUGGCGUCAGUUCUCAGAUCAAACUCCUCAAAUCUGACAGAACUGAACCUGAGUCACAAUAAACUGAAGGAUUCAGGAGUGAAGCUGCUCUCUGAUGGACUGAAGAAUACAAACUGUAAACUGAAGACACUAAAUCUGUAUAACUCCAGUAUUGGAUCUGAAGGUUGUGUUGCUCUGACUUCAGCUCUGAGAUCAAACCCCUCACAUCUGACACAACUGGAUCUGAGCAGAAAUGAUCCAGAAGAUUCAGGAGUGAAGCUGCUCUCUGAUCUACUGAAGGAUCCACACUGUCAACUACAGACACUAAUUCUGACUGGAUGUAAUCUGACAGAGGAAAGUUGUUCAUCACUGGCGUCAGUUCUCAGAUCAAACUCCUCAAGUCUGACAGAACUGAACCUGAGUAACAAUAAACUGAAGGAUUCAGGAGUGAAGCUGCUCUCUGAUGGACUGAAGAAUACAAACUGUAAACUGAAAACACUAGAGCUGUCUGAGUGCAGUAUUGGAUCUGAAGGUUGUGUUGCUCUGACUUCAGCUCUGAGAUCAAACCCCUCACAUCUGACACAACUGGAUCUGAGAUGUAAUAAUCCAGAAGAUUCAGGAGUGAAGCUGCUCUCUGAUCUACUGAAGGAUCCACACUGUCAACUAAAGACACUACUUCUGAGUCGCUGUAAUCUGACAGAGAAAAGUUGUUCAUCACUGGCGUCAGUUCUCAGAUCAAACUCCUCAAAUCUGACAGAACUGAACCUGAGUCACAAUAAACUGAAGGAUUCAGGAGUGAAGCUGCUCUCUAAUGGACUGAAGAAUAGAAACUGUAAACUGAAGACAUUUCAUGUGAGUCACUGUUAUCUGACAGAGGAAAGUUGUUCAUCACUGGCGUCAGUUCUCAGAUCAAACUCCUCAAGUCUGACAGAACUGAACCUGAGUCACAAUAAACUGAAGGAUUCAGGAGUGAAGCUGCUCUCUGAUGGACUGAAGAAUACAAACUGUAAACUGAAGACAUUAAAAUUUUUGAAGCAUACAGCAGCAUGUCUGAGAUCGACAAUUCUGAAAUGGAAAACAACGACUUCUUUGCCGACCAGGGUCCCUCAGAAAACUCGACCGCUCACCAAAGCACCAGCACAGGACAAGAAGCUGUUACGGGUAAGAGGACAGAGACACCAAGAGGCCGCCAGCCCUCCCGCACCGUCCGUCGCAUCCCAAAACGACGAAGCAACACGGCGUCAUCUACUCCGCCAUCCAGGGCAUCAGCAGCUUCUUAAGCCUCUUCCUACACCUCGGCUCAACGCUCGAUUCCUGAGAUGAGGAAAUGGACCGUCGUAACCCUGAGACAGGCUCUAGAAAAUGCAGACAUCCCUUUCUCCAAGAAGGCAACAAAGGCGGAGUUGUACCACCUAUACACCUCCAGCCUGCCCGGAGUUCUAACAACCGCUCCGACAUCAAAACUAAAAGCCGCUGACAAGACCUGCAGCACCACAAUCCUCCAACACCAGGAAUCGUCUACUCCAACCGCGGCUAGGAAGAGGCGCCGUUCACCAAGCAAGCAAGGACGGCACUCGGCCAGCCUAAGCCACGCCCCGGACCACGCGGACACCAGCAACCAGCUGGCUGCAGGAUCACCCGAGUCCAGCACCUCCGACGACUCCACGCCGGUCCAUCACCACCACGGCGGCGCGAGCACGCGCCCGCCAGCGGCAACCCUCCCUACCCUAUCCCACUAUCCUCCGUCCCACUUUCCCUCCGGUCUCUGGCCUGCAGCCCCAAUGCCUUCAGAUACCGCGAGGUUGCCUCCGGCACAGGCGCAGGCCCAAACCUUUUUCAAUUUUCCUAUUGCCACAGGCUCUGGCAUCCGUACGCGGCUCCAGCAGCCGCCCCCUUAUUCCACAACACUCUAUCCUACCCUAGCCACUGGCCUGCAGCCACACUGCCAAUUGAUAACGCGAGGCUGCCACCGUUACAGGCACAGGCGCAGGUUCAAGUUUCCACUCCAUUUCCUAUUGCCUCAGGCUCUGGAGCCGCCCAAAGCGUGAUGCUGCAUCCGUACGCGGCUCCAGCAGCCGCCCCUUUGUUCCCACACACCACAUCCCGUGCCGCCUUCACCAUUCACUCCGCAACACCAAUAGCCAUCCCCCCGAAUGCACCAGCCUGGGAACCUCCUCCCGUAGCCAGCAACAUCACGGACCAGAUAUUAGCCGAAGUUCAGGCAGCUAGUUUCAGAAGCAGUCCAACACCCCACCCUAGAACCUCCCUAUUCGUAACCAAUAUUCCCCUAGGCCACCCACUGAAGCCCCUCCUUGACGUCUCUCUCAGCCACAUCAUCCUCUCAGUCUCCCCCAGGACCCUACAAUCUUAUCUCACAGCUUGGAAAUGUUUCAAAUCGUUCCGCUAGAUUCAUCCUAACAUUCCCAGACUUCUCAAUGCUAGCCAUCACCUCAUUCAUCUCCCACCUAAACACCUCAAAAAACCUCCAAGCCAGUUCCAUUAAAGGAUACCUAAGCGGAUUACAAUUUUUCCACAAACUCAUUUUCGGAUCACCUUCACCCCAAAUAGCCAGCUCACAGACCUCCAUGCUGAUCAAAGGCAUCCAAAGAGCCCACCCCUCCCGCCCUGACCCCAGAAAACCCAUAACACUAGAAAUACUAACUAAGUGCAUAAUCACUCCCGCCAAGGCUACCACUCCACGCACACUGCCCGCACACUGGACGCCAUGUUCAUAUUAGCUUUUUUCGGUUUCCUCAGAUGUUCAGAACUCACUAACACAUCCAAAUUCAAUCCAGACAUCCACCCCACCAUUUCAGUUCUCUCCGUAAUGGAUGACGACACAAUAUCUUACUUUAUUAAACAGAGUAAGACAGACCAAACAAAGAGAGGCCAUCUAAUAUACAUAUUUAAUCUACCGUCAGCUCUCCAACCAUACCAAACCCUCCAAGCCUACCUCCAGCUCAGAAGCACACAAACCCUAAUCCCCUCCGACCCUCUCUUCGUAGACGAUUUCAACCGCCCCACCACGCGUUUCUGGUUCCAGAAACACCUCAAGCUAGUCUUGAUCCAAUCAGGCAUCCCAGCCGAUAACUUUUCCAGCCACUCCUUCAGAAUCGGAGCAGCCACAACAGCGGCCCAAAAAGGACUCUCCCAGCACCAAAUCCAAACACUCGGCCGCUGGUCUUCAGAAGCUUUCAAAAGCUACAUUCGUUCCGAUCGUUCCCACAUUAAAGAACCACACCGAACCCUCAUCAACCAAAACCGUUAACCCCAGCCCGCCGGCAAUCCCCCACACACACCAGCAGCUCACAACCACAGCCUUUUCCUAUUUUUCCACACUGCCGCAGCAGUGCUACCCCAGCAGGGGUCCCUAUCCAAAUCUCACACUGCAGCAGCAGUGCUACCCCAGCAGGGGUCCUUUCCUAUAUUUCACACUGCAGCAGCAGUGCUUCCCCAGCAGGGGGGCUUUCGUCUGCAUUUCACACCGCAACAGCAGUGACGCCCCAGCAGGGGCUUUUGUCUCUAUUUCACACUGCAGCAGCAGUGCCACCCCAGCAGGGGCCUUUACCUGUAUUUCGCACCGCAGCAGCAGUGCCACCCCAGCAGGGGUCUUUAUCUAUAUUUCACACUGCAGCAGCAGUGCUUCCCCAGCAGGGGCCUUCACCUGUAUUUCCCACUGCACCAGCAGUGACGCCCCAGCAGUGGCUUUUAUUUCAACUGCAGCAGCAGUACCGCCUCAGCAGGGGCCUCUGUCUCACACUGCCGCAGCAGUACAACCCCAGCAGGGGUCUUUAUCUAUCUCACACUGCCGCAGCAGUACAACCCCAGCAGGGGUCUUUAUCUAUCUCACACUGCCGCAACAUUACAACCCCAGCAGGGGUCUUUAUCUAUUUCACACUGCAGCAGCAGUGCUUCCCCAGCAGGGGGGCUUUCACCUGCAUUUCACACCGCAACAGCAGUGACGCCCCAGCAGGGGCUUUUGUCUCUAUUUCACACUGCAGCAGCAGUGCCACCCCAGCAGGGGCCUUUACCUGUAUUUCGCACCGCAGCAGCAGUGCCACCCCAGCAGGGGUCUUUAUCUAUCUCACACUGCCGCAGCAGUACAACCCCAGCAGGGGUCUUUGUCUAUCUCACACUGCCGCAGCAGUACAACCCCAGCAGGGGUCUUUAUCUAUUUCACACUGCAGCAGCAGUGCUUCCCCAGCAGGGGCCUUCACCUGUAUUUCCCACUGCACCAGCAGUGACGCCCCAGCAGGGGCUUUUAUUUCACACUGCAGCAGCAGUACCGCCUCAGCAGGGGCCUCUAUCUCACACUGCCGCAGCAGUACCACCCCAGCAGGGGUCUCUAUCUAUAUUUCACACUGCAGCAGCAGUGCUUCCCCAGCAGGGGCCUUCAUCUGUAUUUCCCACUGCACCAGCAUUGACGCCCCAGCAGGGGUUCUACCUAUAUUCCACACUGCAGCAGCAGCGCAACCCCAGCAGGGGUCUCUCAUCUACAUUUUCACACCGCAGCAGCAACGCCACCCCAGCAGGGGCCUUUAUGCGUUGUUUACACUACCGCAGCAGUGCUACCCCAGCCGGGGCCCCUUUUAUCUAUAUCUAAAUCCGCCGCAGCAACGCCGCACCGGCAGUAGCUUUCUACCGCCUCAGACGUAGCGUCGUCCCAGUAGGGGUUCCCAUACACGUCGUUUAAACCGCAGCAGCAGCACCUUCCGCACAGGGGCCUCAUCCACAUUUCCAAUGACCACACCAGUAUCCGUACCGCACAGAAGCCCACAGAAAUAAAACCCCGCAGAGGCUCCAGCAGGGACCCUAUUCAAAACGAAGGCCAGCAACUCACAGCUGUAAACCUGGCUAAUUUUUGGGGGGGCAAUAACGCCCAGCUUUGGCUGCUGUCCUGCACCAGUCGCAUUUUUGGGGGAAAGCUCGGGGCACGGGCAAACAGAGACCAGAGCCCUCGCCCCGAACAAAGGGGGAGCGCUCCGGGGUCGGGAGAGAAUGCCGACUCCGGAGCCCUCUCCCCGGACAGCACGCCAAAUACGCAUACUAAAUUCUCAGCGUAUCCACGCUGCCCCCCCUUUAAUUAUUUGCUAAGGUGAACUCGUGAACACUGUAAAAAAUGCUUUUAAUUGUUACUAUGGAAAAGCGCUCUCUGUUUCCAUUUUUAUUUACUGCUCAUAAUAGUAACAACCGUUUCAUUAUAUUUCAUGACUUUAUUUGCUGUGAGUGUGAUGAGUUUAUAAUUGAACGUGUGUCUAUGAAGGAUCUUUAAUAAUUUUCAUAUAGUGUAAGUGACUCAACAGUGACUGUCUGUCAACCUCUCUAAUGAUUCAGAUUCUAGACACUAGAAAUAAAGAACUCAUGAUUUAUACUUCUGAGAAAUGAAAAUAAAUCUACACAUCUGAUGUAAAUAAAGCAUUAUAAUUUGAUUAUGGAUAUAAAGUGUUUCUUCUCUCUUCAGUCUGUAUAACUGCAGUAUUGGAUCUGAAGGUUGUGUUGAUCUGACUUUAGCUCUGAGAUCAAACCCCUCACAUCUGACACAACUGGAUCUGAGUUAUAAUAAUCCAGGAGAUUCAGGAGUGAAGCUGCUCUCUGAUCU